AUGGGUAUAGGAGCAGACGAGAAGAAGCCUUUACUAGUUCAGUUGAACGGACAGUACUAUGAUAUUGCUGAUUUUGCAUCGAAACAUCCUGGAGGUGCUAAGGUACUCAACCGUCUGGCUGGAGAAGAAAUUGGAGAGUAUAUUCGAGGCGGAAAACGUAUAAUGGGAGUACGACAUGAACAUUCAGAAGCUGCGUAUAACAUGCUCGAGAGAUACAAUGUCACCACAAUUCAAAAAGGAGAUCCUCUGAUUGAGUCUAAAACAGGAAUGCUUUUUAAAGUUGGAUCACUUGGAAGUGAAUAUUGGCAUUGGAUUCAUCAGCCAUAUGAUGGAACACUAAGGCUGUUUGACUCGGAUCUGUUAGAAAGUAUGACACGAACAGCUUGGUGGGUUGUCCCAUCAGUGUGGCUGCCAAUCGUUGCUCUUUUCUCGGUCAUUUCGGUUGUUUCGUUUUCUUCUUCAACGGAUGUCUACAAUUCGAUCCUUCUAUGGUCUGCUUGGUUUGUAAUUGGAGUCCUGACUUGGACACUAACUGAAUAUAGUCUUCAUAGAUGGGUGUUCCACUGGAAACCGUCCCCAGAAUCACCUAAUCAGAUUCUGCUCCAUUUUCUUGCUCACGGACUUCAUCAUAAAACACCAAUGGACGGAGAUCGUUUAGUUUUUCCACCAGUACCUGCAGCUAUGAUCGUUGGAAUUUUUUAUCUGAUUUAUUCGAACACGUUUCAAUGGCCCGUGUUUUGCGCAUUUGGUGCUGGUAAACUAUUUGGAUAUGUUAUGUAUGACAUGGUUCAUUACUACUUGCAUCACGGAAGUCCCCGCCCACGCAGUAAUCUACAUUUCAGAAAAGUAUAUCAUCAUAAUCACCAUUUCAAGAACUUCGACGUUGGUUUCGGAAUUUCCACUUCACUCUGGGAUUAUGUGUUCCACACACUCGGAAUGGGUCCAUUAUAA